CUCGCUCAGGAAGCAGCAGCUGCCCAUGGCAAUGCUAACAGGUCUGAGGCAGAGGAUGCCAAAGACAACCAUGGAGAAGGAGGAGCAGCUGGCAGCAUGGUCGGCACAGGCACUUGGCUUGGCUAUAUCAGCAUCCCUGAGCAGGGAUGCUGGAGCAGGGACAGGCCACCAGCAGCAAGCAGUACAGCAGGAGCCACUGGGGCUGUCAGUGCACAUUGAGUUCUGCCAAAGCACUACGUGGCUGUGGGGGCACAAGAAGCAGGGGCCCUUUGUGAGGGAGGUCAUCUUGUCCUUUAAGAGGAGGCCUCCCGAGGACCUGAAUAGGAGCUUCCCAGCCAAAAGUGCAGGCAGACGGGGCCUGCUCUGGAAAGUCACCCUAGCACAGCAGCAGGAUGACCUGCAGGACAGGGAGCUCCAGCAGUCAGAGAGCCAGGGACAGUGUUUCUCCCUGAGGUGCUGUGGGGGACUCAAUGACACACCUGGGCAGAUGAUACUGGAGCCGCUAGGAGCCCAAUCUCCAAUCAUCGAGCCAGUGGCCUUGGCCAGGGAACAGGAGUGUGAAGAUGCCAUUCAUGCAGAGCUGUCUGAGGAAGAGGAAUGGGCAGAUGCCAUCUACACAGAGCUCUCAGAAGAAGAGGCAUGGGAAGAUGCCAUUGACACUGAGCUGGUAGAGGAGGAGGAAUGGCAAGAUGCAAUAGACACAGAGCUGUCCCAAGGGACAGAUGCUGUUGCAUCACCUCCUGCAAGCUUAGUCCACUACGGGGUCAGUUCCUUGGGCCUGGAGGAGAACACUGGUCCCAGGGAGGGUCCCAGCUGCUGCAGCAGUGUGGGCAGAGAGGCUGCAGGAGAGGCAGCUGACAAACUGCUGAGAGCAUCUCCUGCCCCAGUGCAUCCUGCAGAUGCCCAGCUGGCUGAUUCUGCACUGCUUGUAGCUCUCGAGGAAGAGGAGCACCACACACCUUUCAAACAUGAGGAGGCAGAGCCACCAGCUUCUUCUGCCCUCGUGGAGGCAGCAAGAGCAGCAGGGGCAGAGAACCAGACACCUGCUCCACAUGGCCCCACAGCCCAUGGCCUGACUCAGCUGGACGCAGCCCAGACCAUGGGGGCUGAGGGCGUGGACAAGACUGUGCUUGUCCAGGGACUUGACAAGCCACCAAGAGAAAUGUGGGGCCAGGAACAAAGCAAGGACAAGGUGACAGGAGCCACAGCCAUAACAGGGGCAGAGAAUCUGGAAGCUGGUCUGCACAACCCCACAACCGAUGCUCUGCUACUGCUGGACUCAGCUGAUUACAUCAGAACUGAGACUGUUAAAAGGGCCUGGCUUAUGAUCCAGGAACCUGUCCAUCAGCCAGAAGAAGAAUGGCAGCAGGAAAGAAGCAUGGAUGAUGUGACAGCAGCCACAGCCAGAGCAGAGGGGCUCGAGAGCCCAGCAGAUGCCCUGCACAGCCCCACAGUCGAUACCCCACCUCUGCUGGACAUGGCUGACUACACUAGGACUGAGGUUGUUAAGAAGGCCUGGCUUAUGGUGCAGGAACCUGUCCAGGAGCCAGAAGAGAAGUGGGAGCAAAAAGGAAGCAGGGACAAGGUGACAACAGCAACAGCCAGAGCAUCAGGAGCAGAGAGCCCAGCACAUGCCCAACACAGCCCCACAGUCGAUAACCCAGCUCUGCUGGACAUGGACAACUGCAUCAGAACUGAGAUUGUAGAGAAGGCCCAUUGUGUGGUCCCUUCCAAGAGACCCUUCCAAGAGGUGAAGGAGCAGCAGGACCAGAAAAAAAGCCCAGUUGAAGCAAUUGCCAGUCCUGCAGGAUAUGGCUACAGCCUCCUUACCUCUACUGUCCUCAACACCUCAGCUCGAGAGAGAUUGCUGAGCCGUGACCUCAGCCUGUGGGUCAGGAGAGAGUCAGAAGCAGGAACCUACAGGCAAUGCCACAGAUCUGCUGGACACAGCUCAGGAGAUCAGAAGUGAGAUACUGCACAAGGCUAUGCUUGUGGUCCAAGGAUUCCAGGCUGUGGAACAGCAAGAUCUGAGGAACUAUAGGACCGAAGCAGCUGGCAGAAGAACAGAGGGAUCUGGAAAAGGGCCCAGAUUAGGAGAGUUACAGACCCAUUUAGGAUUUGAUGUAGACAAAUUUUGAUGCUAAUAAAAGUUGUUACUUUACC